CAUUGCUAAAAAGCCAAAAACAAAACCCCCUUAAAUGCACAAAAUAACAUUAACAACAACACUUCUCAACGCCGAACCCCUUUUCUGUCUUCAAUCCCUAAUUCAUUCAUAUUUCACAUACCAGAACCAUUUCCUCUAUCCACACCAACCAAGUCUCGAUUUUGAUCACAACCCAACUCUUCUUACCCCUGAAAUUUCAUGCCCACCAUCUCUCCUUUGCAUUUCUCGGUUUCUGAUUCGCCUCCAACUGUGUAGGGAUUCACCCUUUUCAAUUAGGGUUUUUAUUAUCUAGACCCUUGUCGUGUUGCAAAACAGCAACUUUUUUCCAUUCUGAUUUAUUGGGAUUGGAUUUUUGGAAAAUCUGGGUAAUUUGUACUUUUGGGGAUUCGUUUGGUAGUUGGUGGGCACUCUGAAAUUGUUGUGUUCUAUGUGUUUGUGUUUGUUUUUGUAAUCAAAACCCUGAAUUGUUGCAAAUUUAGUGUACUUUAACAAAUUUUGCUUUUUUAUUAAAUUUGAGCUGCGGAGGAAUUGUUGUCAAUCGUGGUUUUUUUGUUGUCUGCUGGAAAAAUUUUACCCUUCAAAAGUUUGAAGGAAAGCACUGAGAUUCUGCUGCGAGCUUAUUGGUUUAUGCUUUCAACAUUGGUUGUUGGGGUUAUCAAGAACAAGUUGUUGUGGUGUAUUGGGUUGGGUUGGUAGGGUUGAAAGGAUGGAGGAGCAUGAGGGGUGGGCACAGCCAUCAAAUGGGCUAUUGCCAAAUGGCUUGUUGCCCAAUGAAGCCGCCUCUGUGAUGAAGGUGCUUGACUCGGAGCGAUGGUUGAGGGCUGAGGAAAGGACUGCAGAACUCAUUGCUUGCAUUCAGCCUAAUGCACCCUCCGAGGAGCGCCGUAAUGCAGUUGCUGACUAUGUCCAGAGGCUGAUCAUGAAGUGCUUCCCUUGCCAGGUGUUCACCUUUGGCUCGGUUCCCCUCAAAACUUAUUUACCUGAUGGAGAUAUUGACUUAACAGCAUUCAGUAAGAAUCAAAAUAUGAAGGAUUCAUGGGCACAUCAGGUUCGUGACAUGCUGGAGAGUGAGGAGAAGAAUGAGCAUGCAGAGUUUCAUGUCAAGGAGGUUCAGUACAUCCAGGCUGAAGUGAAGAUUAUAAAGUGUCUUGUUGAGAAUAUUGUAGUAGACAUUUCAUUUAACCAGCUUGGAGGGUUGUGCACCCUUUGUUUUCUCGAGGAGGUUGAUAAUCUGAUUAACCAAAAUCAUUUAUUCAAGCGUAGCAUUAUACUGAUUAAAGCCUGGUGUUACUACGAGAGCCGUAUACUUGGUGCUCACCAUGGUCUUAUCUCGACUUACGCAUUAGAAACCUUGGUUCUUUACAUAUUUCAUGUUUUCAACAAUUCCUUUGCUGGACCACUUGAGGUAUUGUAUCGAUUCUUGGAGUUUUUUAGUAAGUUUGACUGGGAUAAUUUCUGUGUUAGUCUAUGGGGUCCAGUACCCAUUAAUUCACUCCCAGAUGUGUCAGCUGAACCUCCUCGAAAAGAUGGUGGAGAUUUACUACUCAGCAAGUUAUUUCUUGAUGCUUGCAGCUCAGUUUAUGCUGUUUUCCCUGGUGGCCAAGAAAAUCAGGGGCAACCGUUUGUUUCUAAGUUUUUCAAUGUUAUUGAUCCUUUGCGUGUCAACAAUAACCUUGGCCGUAGUGUCAGCAAAGGCAAUUUCUUUAGGAUCCGCAGUGCCUUCGCAUUUGGGGCUAAGAAGCUGGCCAGAUUACUUGAUUGUCCAGAGGAGGAUUUGCAUUUUGAAGUCAAUCAAUUCUUUUUGAAUACUUGGGACAGACAUGGAAGUGGACAACGACCUGAUGUUCCAAGCAAUGACUUAUGCCGUACAAGAUUAUCUAGUCAUGACCAAUUACAGAGAUCUGAUAAUCUCAGGAACAAUGAUCAUAAAAUUGAUAAUACCUCCAAUCGUGAAUUUCAUAUUGAAGGGGAACAUGUUUCACAUAGCGGUCUAUCCCAGCACAGUAAUAUAUCAUCUGGAAAUUCAUCUAAAAGUACAGUGUUACGUACUCUGAGUCAAAGGAGUUACGGAAUCCAAAAUAAUUCAAAGAACAUUGAUCAAGUCCAAAGGGAAACUAGUUCUAAUCAAGGUGCACAUGGUGAUAAAGGUCAGAGAAAUGUUAAAUCCAUUAACUCAGUAAGUGGUGUUCCAGGAAGAUUCCUAUUUGCCAGGACACGUUCUAGCCCUGAGCUGACUGACUCAUAUGGUGAAGUUUCUUCCCAAGGAAGGCGUAUAAAAGCAACAGAAAGUAGUAAAGGCCAGAAUUCCUUUGUAAAGUUAGAAAAUAGUCGUAGGAAAAACUUUGAACCUGAUGCAGCUGUAAGAAUUGAUGACUUUUCUGCUAGGCACAUCUCAUCUCAUCAAGUUCUUGGUAAUGCUGUUCAUUCAAAUGGUACUCAUGAUGAAUCAGGCUCAGGUGUCACAGGUGAAGAGUUUGCACCGAUUGCAGGGCCCAGUGGAAUGCAGAUGAUGCAUCAGGAGGAGCAAGACCUUUUGAAUAUGAUGACUUCUCCUAUUCCUCAAGGUUACAGUGGUCAGGCUCAUGUUCCAAUGAAUUUUGCUCCUGGUCACCUACCAUUCCCCUUUCCACCUUCUGUUCUUGCAUCUAUGGGAUAUGCUCAGAGAAAUAUGGGUAACAUUCCCUUUAUUGAGGCUCCUUGGGGUGCAAACAUGCAAUUUCCUCCAGGUUUAGUUCCUUCACCAUUGACUCCAUAUUUCCCUGGCAUGGGGUUGACACAAAGUCCUCAAGAUUUAUCUGAAACGGGCAAUGAGAAUUUUAGUUCAGUUGAAAUGAACAUAACAGAAGCUGAUAAUGAUUUCUGGCAUGAGCAGGAAAGAGGUUCUGCUAGUGGGGUCGAAGUUGAUAAUGGAACUUUUGAAAUGCUUCCAGAUGAUAAGCAACAGUCAACUUCAAGUAGUCAUAACUUUUCCCAAUCUUCUCGGGUUGGCAGCUCUAGUAGUUCUGGCAGAUUUCAGCAGAAGUUUAGUAAAGAAAACCGAGGAUCAACAAGAGAAGAGCAUAUUGAUAAUUUUCAUUAUCAAGAUGGCCAAAGAAAUGAGGUUUAUUUUGACGAUAGAGUAGCUAAUUCUGAGUUACCCAGUGUACCUCAUUCAAGCUCCUUCAGAAGUAAGAGCUCUUCCGAAAGUUCUUGGGAUGGAUCAUCGGCCAAAUCCUCAAAAUCAACAAGGGAUAGAAGGGGAAGAAAAACUACACCCCCAGUGGCAUCUGCUGUUAACGGGAAGGGUAAGAAUGCCUCAGAAAUUUCAACUAACCGAAUAGAUGAUGAAAACAGAGAGUGGACUUCUGUCUCGACCAUGGCAUCUGAUAUGUCAGAAAGAAGCACUGGGCCCUCGGCUGGUACUUCCAUGCAUGUUCCAAGGCAUCAAACAUCUGGUUUUGAAGCUGCUCAGACAAGUGGGCCAGAUUCACCACUAACCAUAGCUCCUGUGCUUUUAGGUCCUGGUUCUCGCCACAGAGCAAUUGGUAAUUCUGGAGUUGUUCCAUAUGCAUUCUAUCCUACAGGGCCACCAGUACCUUUUGUUACGAUGGUUCCUUUUUAUAACUUUCCAACUGAGUCUUCUGACACAUCAACUAGCAACUUCAGUCUGGAAGAAGGGGCAGAUAAUAGUGGUUCAGGUCCGAAUUUUGAUUCAUCCGAGGGAUAUGACCGGUCUGAGGUGUCAAGCCCUUCCAAUUCUAUGACACGAGCAGCUAUUGAGUCAUCAGAGCACAAGGCUGACAUUCUUAAUAGUGACUUUGUUAGCCACUGGCAAAAUUUGCAAUUUGGGCGAUUCUGUCAAACCUCACGUCAUCCACCUUCAAUGAUGUAUCCUUCACCUGUUAUGGUACCUCCUGCUUAUUUGCAGGGUCGUUAUCCUUUGGAUGGUCCGGGAAGACCUGACAUGAAUCUUUUUGCCCAGCUUAUGAGCUAUGGGCCACGAGUAGUUCCUGCGGCUCCUCUCCAGUCAGUUUCGACUAGACCUACAAAUAUGUACCAACGGUUUGCUGAUGAUAUGCCUCGGUAUCGAAGUGGGACUGGAACCUACCUGCCAAAUCCUAAGGCUUCUGCUCGGGAUCGACAUCCCACAAAUAACAGAAGGGCAAAUUACAACUAUGACAGAAAUGACCAUCACAGUGAUAGAGAAGGAAAUUGGAACAUGAACCCAAAGUUGCGAGCAACUGGGCGUGGCCAUAAUCGAAACCAAGCUGAGAAGCUCAACUCAAAGCCAGAGAGGUUGACUAGUGAGAGCCGUGGUGAGAGACCAUGGAAUGCACAUAGACAUGACUCCUUCAUUUCUCACCAGAAUGGUCCAGUCCGAGCAGGUUCCUCACAGAACAACCCUGCCAAUGCAGCUUACGGAAUGUACUCUAUACCAGGCAUGAACCCUGGUGGUGUCUCAUCAAGCGGACAACCAAUGCCAUCUGUUGUGAUGUUGUACCCUUAUGAUCAUAGCGGUGGCUACAGCCCAUCAGCAGAGCAGCUUGAGUUUGGGUCUCUGGGACCAAUGGGCUUCCCAGGUGUCAAUGAACUUGCACACCCAAAUGAGGGAAGUCAUUCUGGUGAAGCACUUGAAGAUCAAAGGUUUCAUGGUGCCUCUGCUCAAAGAGCCUCACCAGAUCAACCAUCUUCUCCACAUAUCUCUAGGGGCCCCUGAUUCAUCUGUCAGAUGAGUGACCAGGAGAAUUAUCCAUUGAAAGAGGAGGGGAUCUUCCUCCUUUUUCAAUCAGAACCAGCCAGGGCAUGUUAGUGGGGAAAACUAUAAACAUGAAACCUGCCCAAUCCGAGGCAUUCUUGUUCUCAACCCACUAUUGCAAAGAAAGAAUCUGAAUAUCAUUGAUUGAUCUUUAUUUUGAAGGUCCCUUGUUUUGCCCAGGCUCUUGCAUGUAUCCUUAUACAGGUGAUUGAGCAACUCUACAUACUUUUGUACAUUCAAGGCCUUGCUUAAGGCUGAAGGCAGUGGUGACAAACAGGAGGCAGUACUCCUCCCAGUCUACCAAGAAAAUAAGGGACGACAGAAUCUGUGAUUAGAUCCUUGUUGAAUUUAGACACAGUAACUGAAUCAAAGUAGAAAACUGGUUUAGGUUCAGAAUUUAGAAAGUUUACGAUGUUGUUAUAGAUUUGUCAGCUUCCCUUGUACCCCUGUACUCUAUGUAGUAAUUGGGUACUUGUUUUAGAACAUGCAGACGAUCUUUGUUGAAGUUUUUAACUUUACAGGAUAGUAAUAAAAUGUAUAACAUAUUAUCAGAUGUCA